GGUGGAAUAGUUGAGCGCUAUCAUUCCCUCAUUCGCUGCUUUGAGGGACAGCUGAUCACUUCUGCUAACCCGUAUAAAUCAAAAGGACUAGAUGUAUUAAACAGGCCGACUUUAUUGACCCUGACGCACUCGAGACGGACAGUUAGCCGCUAGACAGCGCGCGUCUUUAAAGAGUAUUGAUCGGAUACUGAGUCAGAUCAGGAGCAACAUGAGCGAGCGCUUUGAUUGUGACAACUGCAAGGAGUCCCUAUACGGCAGGAAGUACAUCCAGGCGGAGGACAACCCUUACUGCAUCCCCUGUUAUGACAGCCUGUUUGCAAACACCUGUGAUGAGUGCAAGGAGCUGAUUGGUCACGAUUCAAGGGAGCUGUUUUAUGAGGAUCGUCACUACCAUGAGCACUGCUUCCGCUGUUUCCGCUGCGACCGUUCACUGGCCGACGAGCCCUUCACCAGCCAGGACGAUGCUCUUCUGUGCAACGACUGCUACUGCAAUGAGUUCUCCUCCAAAUGUGUGGCCUGUGAUAAAACCGUCAUGCCUGGCACCAGGAAGCUAGAGUAUGCUGGCUCCACAUGGCAUGAGAGCUGUUUCAUUUGCAAAAGCUGUCAACAGCCAAUCGGCUCCAAGUCCUUUAUCCCAGAUAAAGAUGACCAUUACUGCGUACCCUGUUAUGAGAACAAGUUCGCACCACGCUGUACUCAAUGUAAACAGGCCUUGGCCAAAGGUGGUGUGACCUAUAGGGAUGAGCCGUGGCAUAAGGAAUGCUUCGUCUGCACAAGCUGUAAAGUCCAGUUAGCUGGCCAGCAUUUCACUUCCCGUGAAGACAGCCCAUACUGCAUUAAAUGUUUUGGCAACCUGUAUGCCAAGAAGUGUGAAGCCUGCAACAAACCCAUCACAGGUUUCGGUGGAGGGAAGUACAUCUCGUUUGAGGACCGACAAUGGCACCAGCCCUGCUUCACCUGCUCUCGAUGCUCUGUUUCGCUGGUGGGUGCUGGCUUCUUCCCCGAAAGAGACGAGAUCCUCUGUCGCAGCUGCAAAAGCAAUCUAUAGAACAGAACUCCCAUCAAUACACUUUUUUACCAUUACAAAUACACACGCUUGCAUAUACAUGCACACGUCUCAUAUUUCCUAUCUCUAGAUACACCUAUGCUGAGAUACACAGCAAACCAGCAAUCUAUCCCCACAUAUAGCUGACUAAGCGUCACCAAAAUAUUAAAACAUAGAAGGCUUCACAAGCAUAAAUGCAAAACACUGGAGGCUUUAAUUUAGCCACUGUUUACUAAGAAUAGUUUGUUUUGGCAGAACAGGCUAACUGUUUUCUGACUGGAUAAAUUAGACUUUAAAAAGAUGCACCAAAGAUUGGCGUUGAGAUGUGAAAGCUAUGCAGCCCAGCGCUAGGCGCCUUCCUAGUGCCUGCUAACCUUUCUUCAUUACACAAUCCAGAAUUAACACUUCAUAAAUAUAGAGGUUUCUAUGCAGAGAUAAAAAUAUCACUUUUAUUUCCUUGAGUUUGCCUACUAGUUAUUCCCAUAUUCUCCUAUUUUUCCUGGCUAGCCAGUACUGUCAUUAGGCUUGUAAGAGUCAUUAACGGAUGGAUGUAGUGUUUGAAGCCUGUGAAAGAACUCAAACAGAUUCCUUCAUAAACACCAAAAGGUCAAAACACAUUUCUUAUUGUUCCAACUACUCUGUGCUGAGCAAAGUGUAAUAACAGAAGUGAAUGCUUGUCUUUGGACAUGUAAAUGAAAGUUACACUUUGAGAAACAGCCACUUAAAGUCGAAGAUCUGAGCAUCGACUCAACAUACAGUAUGUGUAAGGGCGUAGAUAUAUGAGCGAAUGUUCAGUGCUGUAGUGAAUUGAGCACUUUUGUGCUGAGGAUUCUGCAGUGCUUGUUUUAGGCCAUUGUUUUCUGUUUUAACAGAAUUUGUCCUCAACGUCAAAAAACUAUUCAAUGCACAUGCAUUCAAACUAAUGGUGUCUUCCACAAAAGCAUAGAAAUAAGUGUCAGAAAAGUUCAGAGAUGUGGUAGAAAAUGAAUGAAUUGAAGUGCAUUUUUUAUACAGGUGACUUGCAUUUGCACUAUGGCUUGAAUUAUCUGUAGAUGCACAGAAACUCCAAGAUACAGCUCACAUACACUGUAUAUACACAAUGUACUAUUCUUUGUUCAUGUCCUGUACUUUAAUUUUCUUUAUAAUUAAUUAUGGCCUCAACAGUCAUAAUUUCUUUUUUUUUUUUACAAACAGCCUUCUCUGUGUUGAGUGAAUGAGUGAUAAAAAAAAUUUAUGACAUUUGUGUCAAUGUCAAAAGGAUAGUAUGCAUGUUGUCUAUCUGUUCUUUUUUUAUUUCAAAUCUAGCUGAGAUAAUGAUCAUUGUUUAUUUUCCAUUGAUGGCAAUUUUACUAGUUUUACGCUUUUUAAAUGUAAAAAAAUAUACUCACAAUAAGCUUUGAAGCAGAGUUAACUGUUGGUAAAUGUGCAUUUCUUAAUACAUGAUUCAAGCUUUGGACUAUUAAGGUGUGGAAAAAUAUAAAUUUCAUUUUUUAAAUGUGUUUAUAGAUUGUUUAUGAUAAACAUAUUAUAAACUAAUUCAAUUAUAUUGUGAUUUUCUUCUGAGACUUGAUUCCAAAUAAGCACCAAAAAGAUAUUUGUAAGUUAAAUAAAAAAAAAUGUAUUAAAGAAAAACUGCAGACUG